CGUCACUCCGCUGUCACAGGUCACGUGUGUGUGUUUGUAGCGCUGUACGUCCAUAGUGGCGUUAGCAUCAGUCUGGCCAUAGAUUCUCAAAAUGGAUACAGAUUAUGCAGAACAAACCUCACCAUAGAAAGCGAGUUCCUGCACUUCAGUACCAAGCCCUGCUACAGCGAGGAUGUUCCCCAGCCUGGCCCACAGACCAUGGCAUGUCUUCUGCAGGGUCUCCUUGCAGCACAGGGCGCCACUGUCACAUCGGUCCCCGAGGGUCCCCCAGCUCUGCUACGGUUGGCAGAGCGGAGGUGUACAUAGCUUAUGGUUCAGCCUUCCAGACUGCCGUGUAGCUUCUCUGGGGCUGAGCAAAGUCCAGUACUACUCUACCUCUGGCAGCAGCAAAGAUGGUCCUCCAAAAUCACCAUCAAAUGAUGCUCCCACUGCAGAAAAAAUCAUGUCUGGUGCUACAAAAGCCACCUCAGCUUCAUCAGGUUCGACACCUCAGGGCCUGACUAAAGCUGAGACGAUUCAAGUAAAAGUUCGGGCUGUCCUGAAGAAAAGGGAAUAUGGAGCCAAAUACACUCAGAACAACUUUAUCACUGCAGUCAGAGCCAUGAAUGAGUUCUGCCUCAAACCAAGUGAUUUAGAACAACUGCGGAAGAUCAGGAGGCGCAGCCCACACGACGACACAGAGGCUUUCACUGUGUUUUUGCGGUCAGACGUGGAGGCCAAAGCACUAGAUGUAUGGGGAAGCCACGAAGCUCUAGCCCGAGAGAGAAAACUCAGGAAAGAGGUGGAGAGAGAAUACCAAGAGAAUAUUUUUCGGAAUCAGCAGCUGUUGAAGGAAUACAAAGACUUUUGGGGAAACACUAAGCCACGAUCAGGCAAGAGGACAACAUUUCUCCAAGGGCCGGGGAAGGUGGUCAUGGUUGCUAUUUGCAUCAAUGGGUUGAAUUUCUUCUUUAAGCUCCUGGCUUGGGUCUACACUGGAUCAGCUAGCAUGUUCUCUGAAGCCAUCCACUCUCUGGCCGACACCUGCAACCAGGCUCUGCUCGCUCUGGGAAUCAGCCAGUCGGUCCGCAACCCCGACGCUGUGCACCCGUACGGCUUUUCCAACAUGCGCUACAUUGCCUCUCUCAUCAGCGGGGUGGGCAUUUUUAUGAUGGGAGCGGGCCUCUCUUGGUACCAUGGCAUUAUGGGAUUGCUUCACCCGCAGCCGAUUGAAUCUUUGUUGUGGGCUUACUGUAUUUUAGCAGGCUCUCUGGUAUCUGAAGGAGCCACGUUACUAGUUGCCAUCAAUGAGAUAAAGAAGAGCGCCCAUCAGCAUGGACUGUCUUUUUAUGAAUAUGUAAUGCAGAGUCGGGACCCCAGUACUAACGUGGUGCUGCUGGAGGAUGCUGCUGCUGUAUUAGGAGUCAUCCUGGCUGCUGGCUGCAUGGGACUCACCUCACUCACAGGUAACCCGUACUACGACAGUUUGGGCUCUCUUGGCGUGGGCACGUUGCUGGGCGCCGUCUCAGCCUUCCUCAUCUACACGAACACGGAGGCCCUGCUGGGACGUUCCAUACAGGCCGAACGCGUGCAGAAGCUCACAGAGUUUCUGGAGAACGACCCCGCUGUGAGGGCCAUCCAUGAUGUGAAGGCCACUGAUAUGGGACUGAGUAAAGUGCGCUUCAAGGCUGAAGUUGACUUUGAUGGCCGAGUCGUGACGCGGUCUUAUCUGGAAAAACAAGACAUUGACCAAAUCCUAAAUGACAUUCAGCAGGUAAAAACCCCUGAGGAGCUGGAGAACUUCAUGCUGAAACACGGGGAGAACAUCAUCGACACCCUGGGGGCCGAGGUGGACCGCUUAGAGAAAGAACUCAAGCAACGUAACCCGGAGGUCCGUCAUGUAGACUUGGAGAUCCUAUAAUACUCCGCUGAGGAACCAUCCUGCUGUACCACCAAGAGCAGUAGAAGAAGAUGAAAGGAGGGCCAAGCCUGCCUCUGCAAUCUGCUUCCCAUUCUGACCACCACCACCACCACACAAACCCGCACAAGUCUUACUGUAGAAUAGUCCAGAAGGAGAACGACGGACAGCGUUUGAGCAGUGCUUCAACUCCAGUUAGCAACGCUGUGAGUUCAGCCUGCCGGUGAUCCACUUUCACAUUCGAGUGUUUCUGGAGAAAGACUGUCUGUCAUUAGCCUCCUCGAAUUUCAGAAAAGAAAUUCAUACACAGCUCCCGACAGCUUAGUCUCCUGGUGUGUUUGCGUGAACUCACAUUCCUCCAUAAAUGUGUUUGGAUGUGGUUGAGAUCACGUCCGUUUCAAAAGCAAAACCACGAACAAGGACCAGUAUCAUUUACUCAGCUCGUACUUUACUUUAAUGUUAUGCUUGAACCACAGUGAUAGUGUUUCCUUCAUUAGCACAGAGGAAACCGAAGAGCUACAUAUUCAAACAGACUUAUUUAAAACCUAGAUGAUGUUAGAUGUUUUUCUUUUAAUGUAAAAAAAAAAAGAGAAACUGAAGAUGGCUCAGGGCUGCAGGUUCUGUAAUGAAGACGGAAUUUUUUGAUGAAUAGAUUUUAUUGCUGUUACAGAAAAAUAUGCAAAUUAAAUGGUUUUAUUGAGAGUUUCAUUGAUUUGUAUGAUAGAGUUAAAGAGUAAACUGAUGCUGAAAACAGUAGCAUCUAAUGAGCAUCAGUUUAUGCAAAUAAACUAUUAGAAAACAGUAUUAAAACAUGUGACAUAUGACAACAAGUUAAAUGAUUUAUUGGACAGAUUACAAGACUGAACGUCUUCCAAGCCACGAAAUAACAUAAGCAUCUCCUCUCUUUCGCUUCCUUUUUCUCCACAAACUCGGGUGUUCUCAAAGUUUAAGAUUCAGACACUUCUUGCCAGGUUUCCAGCCGAUCAGCAGAUUGUAUUGAUCCAAAGAUGAAGUACUGAAAGGGAUUUCUGUACCCCAUUUUUUCCCCCCAACAUGUGUAAAUAAGUGGUCUUGAUAGUGACAAAACAAAUGGACCUGCUGCAUAUUUUCUAGGUCUGAAAACUGAUCAAAUCAUCAUUCAAAUCAAAACAAAUCAUCCAGGACGUCAUCCUGUACAGUCCGUGCGCCUAAAUUAUCAAGUGAACCGUCUCCUGCACAGUGUUUCUGCUCAAUAAUCUCUAUAAAACAUACAUCAGCUGUGUUUCUUGCUUCGUGUACAGUCACAGCUGCAGCAUGGAACACACCAGCCUGCCUGCCAACAUCUUUGUUCCACUCCAGGAGGUGGGCCACAGCCAUUUCAUCUUUGCUUGGGAGGGUGGAUAUAUAUUUUUGAAGGUGUUAAUAGUGAAAUAUUUCCCCUUUGGUUGUAACUACGUUGCCACUGCUGAAGGACUUGGAAUAAAUUUGAAAUAAUUUAUUAAAUAAUUUUGCUUUACUCUUUUUUCCCCCCAACCAUCUCGUGCAUACUGUGUGGUUGUAUUAGCAUUUAAGGCUUUUUUUUUUAAUUGUUUGGCUUCGUGAACUAAUUAAGAUGUUUGCUCCACACUUUUCUCCCUGGACUGUGAAGACAGCUGGAGGAAGAAGAAAAAACGCUCCUCUGAAGAUCUUUACGCAUAUGGAGCGAUAAAGAGGUAAUUUUUCAUGGACUUGGAGGCCUGUUUCCUGUUUAGAGCUCAGAUGGCUGACUGGAAUGUAAACCCAAGUCCAUUAGAUGGUGCAGUUGUGGGGAUGAGAGAGGGGGGCACUAGGCUGUAUGCUGACGUCAAUAAAAACAGUCAUUUCCAACCAGUCUGCGCAUUGACCGACCGUUCAAAACAUUACGCACAGCAUCGCGGCCGGACCACGCUAGACUACUCGACUGAAAUAAUUUUUUUUCGCCGAGCCCGGAGAGCGGAGACAAUGCGGACAAAUCUCCAUUGCAGGUUUUUACACCAUUGAAUGUUGUCUUAACAUUUUGGGGUGUUGCGCGCAUAUCAGUGUCAUGUCUCGUCAUACCAUUCCCAAGUCAAUUGUGCCAGUGCCACUGCCCAUCCUGUUUCCUUUCCAUGUCUCCCUUUCCACGGAGAAAGAAAGGCUCGCUUGUGCACGUUUAUUAAAAACAAAACAAAAAAAACAAAACAAAGAACAAUCAGAUCUUCGGGGCAGAUUUGGCUCGUUAUUUUUGAAAAGAAACGCGUCGAAGCGCGUCUGGAGAUCUCCUCUCACAUCUCCAGUUCUCCUGCACAUCACACCGCCGCUUUCUCGAUCAUUAAUUGGUUGGUUUUAUUUUUUUUUUUGAAAAAUAAAGCCGUUUCUGUCAUUUUAUGGGUGCAUUUUGUUUCCCCCCUCCUAUACUGUCUUUUCGUCUCCAGCAGCCCACAGAUGGGGGCGCAGUAAACCUGCACAGUUGGGGUCUCAGAUUUUCCUGAAACCUCCCCUCCAUCACCACAAGCCCGUGGUUACAAAACCCCCAAACCCCCCCAUCACUCUUCAGUGCGGGAUUGAAUUAAGCCAGCGAGGGUUUCUAUGCAGCAACCUCUCACUGUCAAUGCAGGAGCCUCAUCAGCAUUAGAUUUUGUUGUGUUUGCUGUUUUUUUUUUCAUCCUCCAAAAAUGAUCGAUCUGGUUGCUGUUUCAAUCACAGGUGCAGCAGCGUCUGGAAGCAUCCAGGUGGUGUGUGAUGGCGCAGAGGAGCCUCAUCUCCAUCACCCUGCUCUACGCUUUUAGCCUCUUUACAGUGCUGCCUUGUCUGAUCAUGUUCAAGCAGCAUUGUACAGGGCUAUGACAGCAUAGAGAGCUGUGCUGCGUUUCUCUGACCCCGUGGAAAUCGGCCAACAAAUGACAUCAUCCGUGAAAAAGGGCACGUUAAACGGCGCGGGUUUGCGUGAGAUCUCGGCUCGACUGCUGGCUCCGGAGUGACUCGCCUUUGAAUGCUCAUGCAGAUGCAGUCAGAAAGUGAAAUGCAUUUGCUUUUCGUGGGGUUAAAGACGAGUGAAUUAAAGAUUUUUGUCGUUCCUGCUUGAAUUGUACAACAUGUGCAAAACCAUCAUCUAGAUUUUUUUUUCUUACAGCUUGUACUGACUGGUGUCUCUGUCCAGUAUUUUACAUUGUCAUACAAAAUGCUGUGUUAAUAGUCUAUUUGUUUUAGAGAAAGAUCAUUGACAGGUAAUUUUAUCAUUAAGAAAAUAGAAUAAACACCUUCAGAAGUGUUCCUAGACUUGCUCGGUAUUUAUUUUAGCAUAAUCACACGUGUAGCUUUGUAAUUUAAAUGUAAUGAUAACACAUGAUAGACUAUUGUGUUGGUAAUAUGAUUGUAUGUAUAUAUGCUAAUAAAGAUUCCCUUGAUUUACUUCA